GUGAGUGAAUGAGUUACCUGAAGCUACCUGUAAACACCUUUGUCGUGCCUGAGGGAGUGCGCGAGACGCACGUCAUUUCCCUGAAGAGCGCCGCUUCCUCGGAAACUCUCGCGCUGCCUCACUGUCUCAUGUAGCUCUGUAACAAUACAGAACUGAACGAAAAUGGGGUUCACUACAUUUGGAGAACACUAAUUUCGACAGGAUUAACACUUUUUAUAAUAUGUGAAUACUGGAUUGAAACUCGCUGGCAAUAAUGCGGACACAGAUCUAUAUCAGUGUCACUGUCUUGAUCCUGAUCCAAAAAUCCGCCUCAGAGGCUGUGAGUCUCCCGUCUCCUGCGAACGUGUCUAUUCAGUGUGACAGCUAUGGAGUUGAAGUUCGAUGGGAAUAUCCUGAUCUCGAUCAAGACGUUUACUUCCAAGUGAAGGUGAAAGAUUCUUUCAGUGAAAGGAGCUCUAAUCUUACACAAAAUCAUAAUUUAAACAUAUCCAGUAUGCUGUUCAAUGCAGCACACAACCGCUACAUUGUUAAUGUGAAGGCUGUGCGAGGAGGAGAGAAGUCAAAUUCGACCAUAUCAUAUGACUUCAGCUAUAAUGAAUAUGCUACCGCCAAAAUUAAGUGUUAUUUGGAUUUUCCUGAGGUUAAACUUUCUCCCAAAGACGGCAAACUUCACGUCCAGUUCACCAACCCUCUUCAGCUGUACAGAAACUCACCGGCUCUGCGCGGCCUCACCGAUAAUCUGGAAUACUGUAUCGAAACAGACGAGGGGAUGAAUGAAGUCUGUGAAACCUGUCAAAUUAAGCAAAAUACAUCAUGCGAGACGUCCGUUGUGUUUUCUGAGCACAGAGGCGAAUACUGCGUCACUCUGACUGGAAAUAUCGGACAGAGGUUUUUCAAUCCCAGAAGCAGCUGUUUCACAGGAGACAUAAGAAGCUAUCCUCCGGUCACCGUGUACGUGUAUCCAGUGCUGGGAGUUGUCUUAACGCUGCUGUUCAUAACUGCCGUCAUUAUGCUGUUAGCGAAGAAAUGCAACUCAGAAAUGAAGAAGAAAGUUCCCUCUAUGUUCCAGCAUUUCUUUGAUUUCGAUGAAACACAAUCCCACCCGUCGAAAACACUGAAUGUGGUGCCGGAUAAUGUGGAGCCAUGUUUGCAGAUCGAACCGGCUGAGGACACUAAAGAGCAAACCACGCUGAUACCAUUGUCCGAUACCAGGGAUCUGGGAAGCGGCGACUCGGAAGAUAAAAGCUCCUACGGGCCUAAUGACCUCGUUGAAGAUGAGCAGAGCGACCUGUCGGAUUUUUACGACUGUCCACAUGCUCCCAGACAAAAACAGGAGAUGAGUCCCGGAGAUACGGUAGAUAGUUACGGACCCAAACUGCUUUUAGAGGUCUAGAAGUGAAGGAAAGUACCGUAAAGGCAGCAAAUUCCCCGUACCUGUCGCCUGGAUGUGUUUCGGGAACAUGACAUGGGAUGGGACUCUUUGUACAAAUACAAGCCCUCACAUGCAUCAUGAAUGGAAUUCCCCCAGGUUUUCCAGUUCGUGACACAAUGGAAAAACGUGUUUGCCGUUUGUCUUCAUCACGGCACUCCUUUUAUUUGAAAAACUCCUCUUACACUAGUUCAGGGAAUUGUUUUAUUCCUAUUUUGAGCAUUAUUUGUUCAUUACAACUUAUAUUUUGCUACAUACUGUAGUUUUAUCUUCUAUGCGGACAGACAAGAGUCUUAUCUUGUGGCCUUUGAACAAAGUUGUACAACAUCUUUUACAAGCGCUGCUCAGGUCAUGUGACUUUAAGCCAUUAUGCUGCGUUUUCGUACGUCUCAUCAGGAUCAUGUGACACUGAAGACUGGAGUAAUGAUGCUGAAAAUUCAGCUUUGA